AUGGGUGUCAAGUCUCUUUGGAGUCUUUUGUCUCCAGUUGGCCGACCCAUAAUGUUGGAGACAAUGGAGGGAAAGAGCCUGGCCAUUGAUUCAAGCAUUUGGAUUUACCAGUUCCAAGCUACAAUGCGCGACAAGGACGGUCAUGCUUUGAUCAACGCCCAUGUCUUAGGGUUUUUGAGACGUAUCUCCAAGCUUCUGUUUUACGGAAUCAAGCCAGUUUUCGUCUUCGACGGAGGGGCCCCUACGCUGAAAAGGUCCACUUUGAAUGAGCGCAAGAAGAAAAGGGCGGGGGCUGCCGCCAGUCAUGCGAGGAUAGCAGAAAAGCUUCUCGCUGCUCAAAUGAGGCGGGAGGCGUUGAACCACGCAGGAGGUGCCCAAGCGAGCACCAAAGGGAAGGGUAAAAAGUCAUCCGCUGAGUUAGAUGAUAAUACCGUCUACCUUGAAGAUAUCGACGGUUCAGUUCCCAAAACACCUUCUCGAAGAAUAGCUCCAACCCCGUCGUCCAGCUCUACGAAGAAAAAGGACAGGGCUCACGAACUCGACCGCUAUUACCUCCCAGAGGUUGACUUGGAAGAAGUUGUCGCAAAAGCAACACGGACGGCAGUCCCCGACCCACGCCUCGCAACGGAGGACGAGCUCCGCGCUUUUAUCGAAGACAUGCGACCCGAAGACUUUGACGUGAACUCUCCGGCCUUUCGCGAACUACCCACUGAAGUCCAAUAUGAAAUUGUUGGAGAUUUGCGGCUCAAGUCCCGUCAAACUUCUUAUGCGCGACUGCAGAAGAUGCUCAGGAGUGCACCUACCCCUCUUGAUUUUUCUAAACAGCAAAUUAAAAACCUUCGGCAACGGAAUGCUUUAACGCAACAACUUCUUAUGACAACGGACAGCAUUGGGAGUGCACAUAUAUCCAUCCCAGUCCGCAUCGCAAGCGAGCGGAACAAGGAAUACGUCUUGAUAAAGAAUGAAGGUCAUUCGGGAGGCUGGAUUUUGGGUAUCAGGGAUUCCGGUACACGAGAAAAACCAAUUGAAAUUGAUCACGAGGAUGUUAAGGGAAACGAUAAAGAUGAUGACAGCGAUGCUGAAAUGGAGGAGGUAGAAAUCCCAGCUCCCCCUCCUGCCGAUCCAGACCUACGCAGUUAUCAACGUGAGAUGGCCUUAUCUGGGCUUGCCAAUCGGCAAACCUCGACAGGUUUAGCACCGCUUUCUACGAAAUCUUCCGUCAACCGCAAAACCAAGUCAAUACCUCUAUUUGAGCCAGAAGAGGAUGAAUUACUACCGCAUUCUUCAUUACCUGAAUUUGACGAGGACAACGACGAACUGGCCUUCGCGAUUCAGGCUUCAAUGGAUGGGAGGUCAACAAUUGUUCAGCUUUCUAAAAUAGCACCAAUUGCUAAGCCUCGAGAAUUUUCGCCCGACGACGACGAUAUCUAUGCCUCACCCCGGCGGCUAGACACCGUGCUAUCUAUCGCUAAUGCUGGUCCCUCUCGCAUACAGGCAUCACCCUCACAAAAAAGAAAUUCUGUUCCCACUACUUUUGGAAAACCAACAUUGCUAGCUCCUACCUCUGCGCUAAAUAUCUCAGACUCUGAUGACGAUUGGGAGGAGGUCGUACCACAACACAGAGUGGCCGCAGCUUUAGUCAGAUCCUCAACGGUUGAAAUUGAAUCUAUAUCAGCAUCGAAUGUUUUUGACAUGACCACAAUAGAGGUCUCGGAAUCUACAACAUUUCAGAAGCUAACCAUGGCUAUGAGCGAAGAAAGGAUAGACUCGGAUGAAGAGGUAGAUGCAGAUGGAAUGAGCCUACCCCCCAUCCGUUCCCCCGAGCAUGUAAACAAGUUGCCUAAAGCACCAGCCAUAAUAACCGAUUCCGUUAUCGACACCGACACCGCCAUCACAUUCACCGCUAGCAACCAACAGCUCACAAGACCACAUACACCAUCCCCCCCACCUCACUACGAUGGGUUUGAGGAGGCAGAAGCUUUCUUCGCGCCCUCUCGCUCACCGUCACCCUCCGAGCACAUUCCAGAAGAUUCAAAAAUUGAAAGUUGGGAUGCUGCCCAGGAAAUGGAUCCUCACGCCGAGGAGGGUGAAUUUGCAAAAUUUAUGUCUCACGUCAAAGGUAAAGACUUGGACGAUGUCCGACGUGAGAUUGAUGUUGAGAUCGAGACUCUUCAUCAACAACGGAAAGCUGCUAUGCGAGAUUCAGAGGACAUCACGCAACAGAUGAUAACGCAGAUCAUGACAAUGUUGCGUCUUUUUGGUAUACCGUAUAUCACUGCCCCAAUGGAGGCGGAGGCACAGUGCGCUGAGCUUGUCACCCUGAAAUUAGUGGAUGGAAUAAUCACGGAUGAUUCUGACGUUUUCCUCUUUGGCGGCCAGCGUGUGUAUAAGAACAUGUUUAACCAAUCGAAGACUGUUGAAGGUUUCGCACUCGCCGAUCUCACAAGAGACCUAGGACUGGACCAGGACGCCUUAAUUCGCUUGGCCUAUCUACUAGGAAGUGAUUACGUGGAGGGUCUUCCUGGGGUUGGCCCAGUCGUCGCUAUGGAACUCCUUCAGGAGUUUCCUGGCAAAGACGGACUAUACAAGUUUAAGGAUUGGUGGACGAAAGUUCAAGCAGGGAAGGACAAAGGUGAAGACAAUAAGUCGAAAUUUCGUAAAUCAUUUAAAAAGAAAUUCAAAGAUUUGUAUUUACCGAGCGACUGGCCAAAUUCUGCAGUCCAAGAUGCAUAUUACCACCCGAUUGUGGAUAGUUCGGAAGAGCCGUUUAAGUGGGGGUUACCUGACCUUGAUGCACUUCGAGACUUCUUAAACCAGGAAUUAGGCUGGGGCAAGGCAAAGGUCGACGAGAAUUUGUUGCCAAUCAUACAAAAGAUGAACAAGCGUAGCCAGGCUAUGGCUCUAAACAAACAAGGCAAUCUUAAUGCAUUCCUGGACGUGAGCGCUGGUAGUGGUACACGGGCACCACGGCAGCGUCAAGCGUAUGCAAGUAAACGACUUCAGCGAGUCAUCACAGAUUUCCGCAAAAACCAAAACGCUGGGUCGACAGCCAGUUCCGAAAAGUCGCGUUCGAGAUCUGGAUCUGAGAGCGAAAAAGAUUCAGGCCCUGAAAAGAAACGGAGGAAGACGGCACCCACUGCAACUAGCUCUGCAAAGGGAACAGCGAAGCGAAGCGGGAAAGUCGCAGGACAGAAGCGUGCUGGGAGCUCAUCAAAAGGCAAGAAACGAUCGAAGGGUAAGGAGGAUGUUUCAAGCGACGAGGAUACCUUUGUUGGAUCUGGAGGUGAUCCUGACGUUGUGGAUAUUGAGGUGCCUUUGGCUGUCAAGCUGCGUCCACGGCCGAAACCUCGGCCAAUACGCAAGGUCGCGAAAACAAAUGAACCAUCUCCUGACGAUUCUGAGGCGGAGGUGUGA